GUCAUUUAAAACCCUUUAAGCUUCGAAGCUGUUCCUUGAGGCAGAUUUCAGUGGUAUUUCAGAAGAAUUUGAUUACAACUGGGCACAUUAUUCACUUAGAAAAAAUAUACAUAGAAAAAAGCAAAUGAAAUUUCGGACUACAUUCAGAAAAUAGAGAUGUUCAAUAUUGUAGGAAAAUGAUUCCACACAUGAAAGAAUGUGUGCCUUUAUGACAUAUAUGCUCAUUUUGAUGUAAAGGUUCUUUGUUUCAAGACUUAGCUUCCUGGAAGACAACUGCUGUUCUCUCCCAAGAGGAAGAAAAACAGUAGAGAUUCAAUUUAGUGUCUAAUGUGGAGAGGAGAGGACAAAGAGGGUUUGUGAUAACUGCCUGUGAUAAUACCAUUUCUUGAGAAACCAUAUUAUUGAGUGGAGACUUCAGCAUACUAAGUCCUGGAGAAAUGGCUUUUAUGGGUGUGGAUACCAGAUGCCUGGCUCUGUUACUUCUUUGUGCAAUAAUUGGACCUUCUUUGGAAAUAAAAGUUAAUCCUCCUCAGGAUUUUAAAAUAAUGGAUCCCGGAUUACUAGGUUAUCUCUAUUUGCAAUGGAAACCUCCCGUGGUUGCAGAAAACUUUAAGGAAUGCACAUUAGAAUAUGAGUUAAAAUACAGAAAUGGUGAUAGUGAUAAAUGGAAGACCAUCAUUACUAGGAAUCUAAUUUACAAGGAUGGGUUUGAUCUUAACAAAGGCAUCGAAGGAAAGAUACGUACACAUUUACCAGGACAGUGUACAAAUGGAUCAGAAGUUCAAAGUUCAUGGAUGGAAGCUUCUUAUUGGGCAUCAGAUGCAGGAAGCCUGGAAACUAAAAUUCAAGAUAUGAAGUGUAUAUAUUAUAACUGGCAGUAUUUGGUUUGCUCUUGGAAGCCUGGAAAGGUAGCACAUUCUGAUGCCAACUAUACUAUGUUUUUCUGGUACGAGGGUUUGGAUCAAGCCUUGCAGUGUACCAAUUACCUUCGAGAUAAUGAUAAAAACGUUGGAUGCAAGCUUUCCAACUUGGAGUCAUCAGACUAUAAAGACUUCUUUAUCUGUGUUAAUGGAUCCUCAAACACAGAACCUAUCAGAUCCAGCUAUACCGUUUUUCAACUUCAAAAUAUAGUUAAACCAUUGCCACCAGAAUUCCUUCACAUUGGCAUGGAGGAUUCUGUUGAGAUUAGAAUGAAAUGGAGCACACCUGAAGGCCCCAUUCCACCAAGGUGUUACACCUACGAGGUUUUGGUCCGAGAAGACGAUAUUUCCUGGGAGUCUGCCACAGAUAAAAAUGACAUGAAGUUGAAAAAGAGAACAAAUGAUAGUGAAGAGCUGUGCUUUUUUGUAAGAAGUAAGGUCAAUAUAUACUGUGCAGAUGACGGAAUUUGGAGUGAAUGGAGUGAAGAGGAAUGUUGGGAAGGCUACAUGGGACCAGACUCAAAGAUUGUUUUCUUAGUGCCAAUUUGUCUUUUCUUUGUAUUUCUUUUAUUACUUCUCUGCUUGAUUGUGGAUAAGGAAGAACCUGAACCAACAAUGAGCUUCCAUACGGACCUGAACAAGGAAGUUUAUUCUAAUGAUGAGACCCCCUGUUAAGCUACCCUUUUUAGGCUUAUAGCCACUCAGCAUGAGGAAUAUUAAACUCAUUUUCUCCUCAAA